UGUAUAAAAUUAAUUAUGUGACAUAUAACUGCAGCUGGCUAAGGGCAUGCUCUUAUAAGGGCCUUAAACCUGCAAAUCUUCAGUACUUUUGUGCAGACCAGACUGAGUGAGUAUAGUAAAGAGCUUCUGUUGCAUUGCAUUUUAGAUUGAUCUCAAUAGCCUGUUGUGAAUAUGAAGCUGCUUAUCUGUGUCUCCUUGGUGAUGUCCUCCAUAGGACUGCUUGUGGAGGGGUUUUCUGGUGGUGCACCCGCGCAGGCCUGUGAUACCCUCUCCCCCAACCCAACUCAACAUGGAGCCCAGCCACAGAUCAGUGAUGUCCCCUACGCUAUUAGUCUCAUGCCCUUCUAUAAUGCUAGUGACAACUCUUUUACGUUUUACCCUGGAAGGACCUACACCUUGGGGAUCACUAACACUACUAAUGGAACAACCACUUUCAGAGGAUUCUUUGUGCAAGCAAGGCUGGUGAGCGAUGAUACCACUCGUGUUGGAGUCUUCGCUCCAACAGGGCCAAUUGCAGACCAAAGCAGACUCAGCAGCUGUCCUAUUGUGACGGAUGGAAUUACCCACAACUCAGCUAGUGAUAAAGAGGCCAUGUAUUUCUCUUGGACAGCUCCUCUAGGUAACACUGGAAAUAUCAGAUUUGGAUUUGCUGUAGUCGAAACACGGAUGAACUACUGGGCCAAUCAGCGAACGGGAGUAGUUCAGCAGGCUCCAAGUACAAUAGUUACUACUACUGCUGCUACUACUACUGAACCUGCUACUACUGCUGAACCUGCUACUACUGCUGAACCUGCUACUACUGCUGAACCUGCUACUACUGCUGAACCUGCUACUGUUGAACCUGGAAUUAGUUCUGCUGGCCUCACUGCUUCAUUGACCAUCUGGGCCAUUGGAAUCGCACUCAUUGCUGCACUCAAGCCGUUCUGAACUGGAGUAGUACGUAUACUGCAACUGAGUAGUUGAAUAUUCAAGUGAUCAUUAUUACGAUACUAUAGUUAAACAUUCAAAUUAGUUGAUCAUUACCGCAUUGUCUGUGUAUACAUGCAUGCAAUCAUGUAAUAUACGUCAUAUUGUGAUAAUGCACAUUUUCCCAACAAAUUUUUUACAGAUUA